AGAACAUCUACGAACUCGAAGAAAGUGAAAAAGUUCUCCAUGUUUGAUUCGUGGUUUGCCUUUAGGAGUGUUUCUGACUGAAAAAAUGCUUUUUUGGCCUCGGUUUGGCUUAAAAUAGGUGCAAAGCUGGAGUGGGAAAAUUGUGUGUCCAAUCUGGGUAACCUGUGCAUAACCAGACCUAAGAUAGCGUUUAUAAUUAGCAUAUAAAAGUUGGGCUGAAUUGGGGCUCUGCCUUGGGGUGGAACAGUUAGUGGGAAAGUUGAACAGGCAAGGAUUUCAGUCGUUUCUCGUACAUUUUGACAGCGAAAGUUUACUGAGACAAAUGGUGUACUGAUAAAUGAUAAGAAAAUGGAUGUGGACUCGCCCAAUUCUUUAAAACGAUGUUCCAGCGCGCCACACAUUAACAACUUACUGCCGACAGCGGCCGUUGGUGUACCAUCAGUUAUGCCGAUGGACGAAGGACAAUCACAACAGGAACCACCAUUGGAACCGAUUGGUUUAGCACAGCAGCAGGCUCCGGUACGCCAAAGUAGUUCCAUUACCAGCCAGCAUCAACCACAUUCACCGCAGCUGCAGCAAUUGAUGACAAAUACCACUAUUUCAAAUCCACAAACUGCCGGCACUUCGAUCCACAGGGAUGGUCCGCCGACGUCUUUUUCGAACAUUUUCACUCCACGAGCACGUCGGUUUUCGGCAAGUUUCAGUCCGCUGGCUGUCAUUUCUAACGGCAGCUCAAGUCCUAGUCGAUCCGGCAGUUGCACUCCUGGCCCACGUUUAACGCCACGAAUAUCUCAGCUGCGUCAAGAGGAGUGUGCGGAUUUGAGCAACAGUCGUGAAGUAAACCAUGAACGGGAGAUUCAUUCGGCGAUGCAAAUGUCACAGAGUUACGAAGAUCUCACGCUGGUCACCGAAAAUUGGUCGUUCUCAUCCAGCACGAAAAAUCAUGAUGAUCUGGUGAACCCCUUGCACGUUGCACUGCCCUCAAUCGGUACCACUUACUGCUCUAGUCCUUCUCCUACCAGCCGUGGCGGCUUGGGAUUACAAUAUCCGACAUCGUCACCGUCACCAACGCGAAAGUUCGUUACCCGGCGGUCUAUGUCGCCGUGCCCGAUUCGGCCUAGUCCUCUCAGUUCAUCGGUCAAAAGAAAAUUCGACCUGGAUGAUAACUAUGGUAGUUGUUAUUCGCCACCACCGAUGAAAAAAAUCUUUACCUCAGACAGGGGCUCAUCUCCAGUGUGCCAAACACCGUCACCUUCGCCAAUCUGUCCCAGCCCAGACUCGUCAACUGCGUCGUUCGAAAACGGCAGCAACAAUGCGUCAAGCAGUGGCAGGAUAACGCCAAAAUUUUUCGUAACUAAGCUUCCAGCAACCUCACUUCACCACGGUUGUUCUCUGUUCGGCGCAGGAAGCAGCAAUGGUGCUGCAGGCGGCACUGUUCCCGUGGUCAACAUAGCCAGUGCUGUCAGUUUGCCGUUACCGUUGCACGCGGAUUCGCCACCUCCUUCCUCCUCGUCGUCUUCACCGAUGAUGAUGGAUUGUGGUGUCAGCAGCAGUAGCGGUCACAAUCCGCUCGAGUCGGAUAUUAAAUUGGGCCAACAGAGCGCAACAGUCAGCAGUUCGGAAGAGGUUAAAAUUGAUUGCGAUGAGGAUAUUACCGAUUUGAAUAUAGUCGCCAGUAGCACGAGCAUCGGAACGCCAGAGUCUUCCGAGGCUGUUAUAGAAAACGUGCUAAAAAGUAGCCGUUUGCUAGAAAAUAGAGCGGAUUCAGACCUACUGGACAGUAGCAGUAACAGGUUAAGCACUAGUAGCAAUACUAGCAAUGAUAACAAUAGUGAAAGCAGCAGCUCUCUUUGUCCGUUGGCUUUCGGAUCAUCCACUAGCAAUGGCAGUGGAGGUUUUCUUUCGAGCAACAUUGAGAUUGCGGAAACAUGAAGAGCUCAGAGUUUAUAGACUAAACAGAAAUAAGACUAGUUGCAUACACAUACACAAACACACGCUUAGGGAAGCAGAUGGUGUCAUUGCUUUCCACUUCUUUAUCCUUUUUGGUAGAAUGUAGAAUAGUCUCGUUGACAUGCUUGUUCAGCAGCAUAGCAGCAGAAAGCUAUAUAUCGUCGAGUUAAUGUUCAAGGUGUAGAUAGAAGGUACGUAAGGUACGUAAAAGUACAUCAAAUAUACUAAACUAUCCCCUGAGAUGAAGCAAGAAAAUUCGAGUUGGAUUGUAUGUAACUUAUACAGAUAUGUUUAGCGAUUUUGCUCCUUUUUCAAAGUUUUACGACGAUAGAUCCAGCAACAUUUGGUUCGAUUUUGGUUUGAUUCUUUUUAGUUUAACAUUGGAUUGUGGAACAAAUUUUUCCUCUAGUUCUAACACAUUUUUUGGCGAGAGUUUUUACAAAACGAUUAUCAUAAUUAACCAAGACAACCGUUAAUUAUUAUCUAUUAGCUGUUCGUUGUUUGAAAUUUCAAUCCUGAUUAGUUUCAGGGUUAGGACCUAUUGCAUUGCAUGUAUAAAACUUUGCAAAAUGAGCAAUCAAUUUGUUAUUAGACAGUUAGGGAUCUGCACAUACACAAAACACAUAUCCUGUAGGUUUUUUUUUGGGUUCAAAGGAAGUAAAGAUUCGAAGAGUGGAAUUGUUCGUUUCCAAAUCAUACGUUAGAUCGCAUAGCGUUCAAUCCCCUGGUAGUAGUAGUCAAGUUAGUCUAUGCUGCAUCAAUCUACAAUCUGAACAGUAAAUUUCAUACCAAAUAACCCAUUUAGAGUGUAAACUUCCAAGGAAACAAAAAUAUUGCCACAACGCGAUAUUGAAGUUACUUCAUAAACUCACAACUUAUCAUCAAUUUAUUAUAUCAAUCUACCAGUAGACAAGUAAAAGCAAUAGCCCAUUUAUCGGUAGUGAUAAUCUGUAUUUUGCAUCUCUGGACCGACUUUACUAAUGAUCCGGUACUGUAGCUUUAAAAUUAGCUAACAAUUUAUUUUACUUUUUCGAUUUAUACAUUUGUCGAUGAUAAAGGAUUUCCAUCUCUCAGUUUUGAUACAGACAGUUUAUUGAAAAUAUCGUUCUUUCCUAUGAAAAUAUGUAUUUAAUCCAAUUGAAAAAGCAUAAC